AUGAGCUUGACUAACACCCAAUCUGACUUCGAUGGCACGGUUUUAUCGGGGAAGGACGGUAUUUGUCGUCAUUGCAUGGACUGCCCAGAAGAUACAGCGGACACUACAGGAGAAUUGAGCAAAGAGGAUCUCUGGUCACUAGGCCAGAGAAGUAUGUCUAUACGCAAAUUUGCUAAAAAUCACUACAUGUCCUACCUGAGCGUCGCCGCAUCUACCAAUCUGGGUUUUGUCAGUCCCCAUGCCAUAUAUGCCUACAGCAUUGAUGUCAUCAUCGUCGGGUCAGGUCGUUCAGUGACGUUCAGGCGUCAGAGUAUUACCAAGGCCUUGGGCCUGGCCACAGCUUCUAGCGGUGCGGCGCGCGGUGCGACAGGAGGCACAGCUCGACUAGUUGCGACCGUGGCGGCGUCAGCGGUGGACUUCGCGCGAACACAAAUACGUCCCCUCGCUGCCGCUGCAUACGCCGCUCUGGCUGUGGCCGCCUCGAUACUCCCGAGCCGAGUGCAUUUGUUUCACUCGCACAUCGUGCCGCCCGUCGCGCGACGCAAUUCGCGUCGCCGUUAG